AUGCCGGGUAGCGACACGGCGCUCACGGUGGACCGGACCUACUCGGACCCGGGCCGGCACCAUCGCUGCAAAAGCCGGGUAGAACGUCAUGACAUGAAUACCUUAAGCCUGCCCCUGAAUAUACGCCGAGGCGGGUCAGACACCAACCUCAACUUUGAUGUACCAGAUGGCAUCCUGGACUUUCACAAGGUCAAACUCAACUCAGAUAGCCUGAAGCAAAAAAUUUUAAAGGUAACAGAGCAGAUAAAAAUCGAGCAAACCUCCCGUGACGGGAACGUUGCGGAAUACCUGAAACUCGUCAGCAGUGCAGACAAGCAGCAGGCUGGGCGUAUCAAGCAAGUCUUUGAGAAGAAGAAUCAGAAAUCAGCUCACUGCAUUGCCCAGCUGCAGAAGAAGUUAGAGCAAUAUCACAGGAAGCUCAGGGAGCUCGAGCAGAAUGGAGCCUCCAGAAACACAAAGGAUGCCUCCAGAGACAACCUGAAGGACGCUCUGAAAGAUGCCCAGGCGAAAUCGCGAACUGCCCCCCACAGCAUGGAGAGCAGUAAGUCGGGCCUGCCAGGUGUGUCCCUCACUCCACCUGUGUUUGUUUUCAGUAAAUCCAGGGAGUUUGCCAACUUGAUCCGGAAUAAAUUUGGCAGCGCCGACAACAUCGCUCAUUUGAAAAGCUCCUUGGAGGAGUUCAGGCCCGAGGCCAGUACCAGGGCCUAUGGGGGCAGCACUACCAUCGUGAACAAACCCAAGUAUGGCAGUGAUGACGAGUGUUCGAGUGGCACAUCGGGCUCCGCUGACAGUAACGGGAACCAGUCCUUUGGGGCUGGCGGGGCCAGCACGCUGGACAGCCAUAGGAAGUUCACCAUGAUCCUGGAGGAACUGAGGGACAUCAAGGACAGCCAGACACAACUGACCGAGGACAUGGAGGCACUGAAGGUGCAGUUUAAGAGAGAUUAUGGCUUUAUUUCUCAGACCCUACAAGAAGAAAGAUACAGGUAUGAACGACUGGAAGACCAGCUCCAUGACCUGACUGAUUUGCAUCAGCACGAGACAGGCAACCUGAAACAGGAGCUGGCCAGCAUUGAGGAGAAGGUGGCCUACCAGGCCUACGAGCGGUCGCGGGACAUCCAGGAAGCCUUGGAGUCCUGCCAGACUCGCAUUUCUAAGCUGGAGCUUCAUCAGCAGGAGCAGCAAACCCAGCAGACAGACAGCAUGAAUGCCAGAUUCCUCCUGGGGAAGUGCAUCAACGUGAUCCUGGCCAUCAUGACCGUCAUCCUAGUCUGCGUGUCCACCAUUGCCAAGUUUGUCUCACCCAUGAUGAAGAGCCGCUUCCACAUUCUAGGCACCUUCUUUGCUGUGACUCUUCUCGCAAUAUUUUGUAAAAACUGGGACCCAAUUCUGUGUGCCAUAGAAAGAAUAAUAAUACCAAGAUGAAGCCACUGGUUUAUUGCUGCCAGUCCUGUCAAAUUUUUUUAGAGAAAACUUUGUGCAUACUACCAAAUUUUCAUAUUAACGGUUAUGCCGACCGAAGACUGCAAGGACUUGGGCUGAGUGGGUGUAAAUAACUACAAUUCUGUAACUCAGUAGCAGCUGCCAAUUUAUUUCCUGUACUUGGUUAAUGUGAAUCUGUUUCUGAGUUCUCCAUUGCUCAUUGCCUUAAUCAGACCAGAUUUCCUGCUCACCUGACUAGCCCAGCUUGGUAAACUCUGUGAUUGAGCAAUUGACAUAAUUAGUGAUCCAGAAGAAAAGGGACUUGAAUUCUCUCACUUCUUUUACAUUUCUGUAAACAAUUAGUAUCACCAUGACGACUGGUUAU